ACAAGGUGAUUGAUUUCUUCACUCUCUUCUGCUCUAAUUCUUGCUUCUUCAUCAUGCUUUAAUCCAACAUAAUUCCUUCGUUAUUAUCUGCUCUCGUUUCCUUGGAUUUCGCUUUGCUCAGUGACUCUAGGUUAAAUGGCGCCUUUGGUAAGUGAUGAUACGAUGGUUGAUGGUGAAACUGAAGAUAGGAAUGAGGAAAUGUCACAAUCUGAAUCUGAUUCUGAAGAAGAUGUGAAAUUAGCUGAACCAUCUAAAACUGCAGUGUAUAACCGAGAUGGUCUUUUGGAUAAACUAGGAGACAUAAGUUGGCCUGAAAAUGUGGAAUGGAUACACAAACUCUCCAUUGAUAUUGAUCAAGAGGAGGAAGUAGAUGUCAAUGAUGACUUGAAACGAGAGCUUGCAUUUUACACACAGGCAUUGGAGGGAACUAGGCAGGCCUUUGAGAAACUUCAGUCAAUGGGUCUCCCUUUUCUGAGACCUGCAGAUUACUAUGCUGAGAUGGUGAAGACAGAUAGCCAUAUGGUAAAGGUGAAAGGUCGGAUAUUAGCAGAGAAGCGGAAGAUGGAGGAGGCUGAUGAGAGAAGAAAGGCCAGGGAGGCCAAGAGAUUGGCCAAAGAGGUUCAGGCCCAGAAAUUAAAAGAAAGGGCCAAGCAGAAGAAGGAGAAUAUCGAAUCUGUUAAGAUAUGGAGGAAGCAGAGGCAACAGAGUGGGUUUGCUGACAAUGGCAAUGAUGCAGAUAGUACUUUUAACUUUGAGGAUGGAAAAGUGUUCACGAGGGCAAACAAAAAAAGGCCAGGAGUGUCUCCAGGUGAUCGGUCAGGAGGUAAGGCAGGUGGUAAGGCAAAGCAAGGAAAGAAACCACAAAAAAGGGAGGCUAGGGAAUCUAGAUAUGGUUUUGGGGGCAAGAAGGGAGGGAAGAAGCAGAAUUCAGCUGACACCACUAAUGAUUUCAAGACAUUCAACAAGGGUGCUGUUGCAGGAGAUAGGAAGAGAAAGAGGUAAAAUGCAAUCUUCUUCAAUUUGUUAUCCGAGGAAGCGAUGUCAUCAAUUGUGCCAAUGGUCCUAUCUUGGGAUUUUUUAUCUACUGUUUUAGUUCCUUUUCUUUGUUGGACUUAUGAUAGAUCUAUAGCUUUAUCAACAAUUAUGAAUCUAUUCAAUUUUGAUGCUUUUUUAAAUGAUCUGUUUGGUUAUGCUGCCCAUUGCUAUAUGAUGUGGCUCAUGAGUAGUGUAAUGUAGACAUAUAUUUCUAGUACUUUCUUUUUUCAAUUUAUUGUUUGAACAA